AUGGCAGGCCUAGAUGAAGAGACGAUAGACGACAUCCUCUAUCUCGCGCGCACAAAUGAGGCAACGGAGCUUGAUUCGUUUCUCUCGGAACUGUCAGCUAAGGCCAAGCAGUCCAAGGCCGAAUUGCUGACCGCGGCAAUCGAUCCGUAUUCUAAGAACAGCGCACUGCAUUAUGCUGCUGCCAACGGCCACAACGACGUCAUCAAACUGCUCUUGUCGACCAGCACGGACAAGCCUCGCCCAGAGUUUCUUAAUGCCGUCAAUGAGGCAGGCAACACCCCUCUUCACUGGGCAGCCCUGAAUGGCCACCUUGAAAGCGUGAAACUUCUCAUAAAUUCAGGUGCAGACGUUACCAUUGUCAACCGAGCAGGCCACGACGCCGUGUACGAGGCGGAAAUUAACGACAAGAACGACGUGGUUGACUGGCUGCUUGGCGCCGUUGAAGAACUGGAAAAGGGCAUCGGCCAGACUGGUGAGGGGUCGGCCGAAGAGAGUGCUGACGAGGAUAUGGGCGGUGUUAAUGUGGACAGUGCAGAAGGCGACAAGACAUCCCCACAGCAGACGACAGUCGGGUCAGCGGUGGAAAAUGCCCGGCAACAGAUGGAGCACUUGAAUACCAAGGAUAGCACGACAAAGGAUGGUUGA